GAUCGUUUGCAAGCGCUGUCCUCAAAGGACGACGUCCCAAAGGAAGUGGAGCAGGCUUCUUCAAUAUCAGGAGAGUUGCGCAAAUGUCUUGAGGGAUUGAGCCCGCUUGCCUUGAACAUCUUGGGUAUUGCCUCAUCGUUUAAAGCGCAACUGUGUGUUACUUCGCCAGCUUAUCAUGUUUUCUUUUCCAGGCUUGACAACAUGCGAUCAUCUGCUGCCAGGCGUGCGCGACGAGCUCAUCAUCAUAUUUUCGCUGUUCCUACGAGACAUUCUUGACUCGCUGUGUAUCGCGGGAUCAGUAAUGAACGAUAUCUUGGCGCGGUCUCAGGAGGGUCCUUCAACAGGUACUAAGCGACGCUCACCGACAGGGGCUGCAGAACCCAAGGAGCCGCCCUCUCAGCGCCGCCGGCUGAGCACAGGCAGCAGCAAUACCACCAUCGCCGAUGAAGUUGAUGCCGUGACUGUUAGCCCCGAAAACGGCACACUAGAGGACCACCGCACGACUCUCUGUCAAGAAUUGAACAGCAUCGUGCUCGACUUCUGCGCCGCCCAACCGGCGUUAGUCCCGAUCAUGAUCCUAGCAUACACACGGCACUGCGUUGCGCUGGCGGAGAUCAUGCGCGGCAUACUGCCGGGGCUUCCUGCGGUAUUCAGAACGGACGAGGAUAAAUCUGACGAUGGACGCAGCACACAACCUGCAGCUGGGAGUGAGAGAGAAUGCAAGCUGUGGAGAAGGGUGUUACGGGCGGAUGACGGGAGCGCGGAUUGUGCGGCGGGGAAUGCGUUGCAUAUGUCGUAUUACUUCUUGCAUGGACUGGACAAGCUGGUGGAUGUGGAUAGUGCGCGAGAUGUCGAAGGAUACGUCUCAGAGAACCUCAUAACCCUCUGUAACGCCCUUCUGGAAGAUUCUCUCAUACGCACGCCCCCGGAAUACUCCUCUUACGCAUUCACAAUAUGCGUGAAACUCGAAGACUACGUUGGCCAGGCGAGGUUCUCGGUUAGUCGGGUUGCUGCGCAGCUGGUCUCGAGGUGUUUGGAUGCUGGUAAGGAGUGAAAGUUCGACGGCUUUGAGGGUUGUUUACAAUGCGCGUUUGAUGAUUCUGAAUAUGGUAGCGUCGAGAUUCGAGGGUGCUUGGGGCGGCGUAACAAGGUGAGUGCUGUUGCUGAUCGUGUGGACUUACUCACAGCCUGACGUAGGAUGUUCCUUUCGGAAAUCAUAAGCAGCGCCGAUGACACCAGGACAAACGAUAUGAACGUCCCCGAAAUCACAAACGCCAUCGCACCCGCAAGUACGAAUGAACAGCGCAU